AACAUAAAUUGCUAUCAAACAGGACACCAAGAUUUCGUGCAACAGGCUUGAUAUGUUGUGACAGGUUACCUUUAAAACAGCGCCAUCUUCAAUCCUGUUGCAAACAGAGAUAAAUCUCCAGCAAAGACAGUCAUAUUGUUUUUGUCAAAUGUUUCCAAAUUAUCAAGCACCACUAACAUGAUAUGGGUAAACACAGACAAAAUAAGGCAAAAAUACAGAGAAAAAACGUUUCAUUCACUGCAAUCACAAUAAAGGUAAAACUUUAAAAUAAUGUUGUAAAUUAUUUAAACCCUUGAUUAUAUCCUAAUAAUUAAUGACAUGUUUUCAGAUCAUCACUAAUGACAUUGGUAAAAAAAAAAUAUAUAUAUAUUUGAUUUGAAGAAUAGUUUUGCUAUUAUAGUUUGACUAAUGUUAUGUGUUUUUGAAAUUGGAUGUUUAAAGUGUAAUAUCGUUAUCAGUUUGCUAGAUAGCAUAAUAUAGGCUAGUGACGUUGAACUAAUCCAUUCUCGUUGCAUGGUGCAAGCCGUAGGGCAACCAGCUCUCAGCUCCCACAUACUGACCUCCACAAGGCAGCCAGCACACACACACACCAAAGCCCAGGCUUUCUCCUGGCAGACCAGGGUUCAGUUCCCACCUCCAACCCCCCACACACGGUCAUGGUUUAUAGCUAUUUCCUGUUUUAUUUUUAAAUAUUCUCCUUCCCUCACGUGUCUUGUGGUUUUGCCUUUCUCGCCAGUUUUGAUAGUUUGCUCCGCCCUGAUCUUUUUCACCUGAGUGUAUUUAAGUCUGUGUGCUUCCUUUGUUCUGUGUCAGUUCGUCUUUGUCUUUUGUCAAGUAUCCCGGCCUUGGUUACCUGUGUGUUCUAUUGGAUUUAUCUUCUGUUUCUCUUGGACCUUGCAUGGAUUUUGAAUUUUGGACUUUGCCUGCUCCCUGUCUGGAUUGUUUGCCUUUGUUGGACUGCCUUUCCUUUGUGUGCCUGCUUGAUAAUCCAUGCAGCUCCACACCCCCACCAACCUCAUCCUCCUCUCACUGGCUGUCUCAGACUUCCUUGUUGGCCUCCUGCUGAUGCCGGUUCGAAUCCUCCUUAUUGGGGGCUGCUGGUUUUUGGGGAGCUUGAUAUGUGGACUAUAUUACUGUGCCUCUUUUAUCCUUACAUCUGCCUCAGUAGGAAACGUGGUGCUCAUAUCAGUUGACCGAUAUGUGGCCAUUUGUGACCCUUUGUGUUACCCCACCAAAGUCACUCAAAAUAGAGUUAAAAUCUGUGUUUGUCUGUGUUGGGUAUGUUCUGUGUUCUAUAAUGGUGUGAUACUGAUUGACUUCCUGAAACGUCCAGAUAGAUAUAAUUCCUGCUAUGGAGAGUGUGUAGUUGUAAUUAACUUCACAGCAGGAGCUGCUGAUGUCAUGUUGACCUUUAUUGGCCCCAUUGCUGUCAUCAUAGUUCUGUAUAUGAGAGUAUUCGUGGUGGCUGUGUCUCAGGCUCGAGCCAUGAGGUCUCCUAUUGCAACUGUUACACUCCAGGGCUCAGUUAGUGUAACUGCUAUGAAGUCUGAGAGAAAAGCAGCCAGAACUCUUAGUGUUAUUGUGGUUGUAUUUCUAAUAUGCUUCUGUCCUUAUUUUUAUCCCUCUCUUGCGGGCCAGGACACAUCAAACAGUGUGGCAUUUUCAAUUUUUGGGAUCUGGCUACUUUAUUGUAACUCCUGUAUAAAUCCAGUGGUCUAUGCUUUUUUCUACCCCUGGUUUAGGAGAUCUAUUAAACUAAUUGUUACACUUCAAAUACUGCAGCCUGACUCCUGUGAUGCCAACAUACUGUAGAGAUGUCUGUAAUGUGACUAAAAUGACAGAAAAGUUUGAUGUUGCUACUUUACCAGUCAACUAAGUGCUCAAGGAACAAAGGACAAAAUGUAAAAAAAAAACCAACUUGGCAACACUGACUGACUGAAGAGUCUGCUCUUUAUUAAGCUGAGUUUUAGCACAGAACCUUUGUCAAGGUUUUUUACUAGGUAAAUAAAGAGCAGAUUCUUCCAGCAUAUCGUCACCAAGUUGUUUUUCACGAGAGAGAGUUUUUUUUAUGAAAGUGGACAUAGUGUUCAUGUCUUUGGGUCACUGAAUUCAACAACAACAAUUAGCCGGAUUGGAACAGGAAAAUAUUUUUUGCUAAAAUAUCCUGAAUUUGGAUGUGAACAUUAUCAUGACUCAUAAUUUAUUCUGAUUAUGUGAACUAACCUACAUGAAGAAUAGAGAAUUGUUUACUUUUCAUGUUGUUGAAGUUGCUUGCCUGGUUUUCAGACAUGACUAACACAUUUUAGGAGUGACUAAUGCAAGCAUUGCAAACAGAAAUAAAUGUCCUGUAAAACACUG